AUGAGAAAGCCUACCAAAACAGAAACAGCACAGCAAUAAUCACUGAGUUUGAUCUGCGAGGUUUUCCAGGCCUCCUUCUGAGUGCGUGUGUGUGUGGAUCAGAUCGUAGAGUCAUGACCUUCACAAACGUCACUGUCUUCACUGAAUUCUACUUGCUGGGAUUUCCAGAACUCCAUCCAGACUAUUAUGGAGCUGUAGGAACCCUUUUCUUGUUUGUCUACCUGACUCUGUUAGGAGGAAAUAUCUUUAUUAUUGCAUUUAUUGCUUAUGAGAAAAGUCUUCAGAAACCCACCUAUGUAAUCUUCUGUAAUCUCGCUGUGUGUGAUCUGACUUUUGGAACUGUCGUGCUGCCUCAAGCUAUUGCAAUGUAUUUUAUUAAUAUCAACACUAUAUCAUUUAGUCGUUGCUUUGUGCAGAUGUUUUUUGUUCAUUAUUUGGGGAGUGUCAGUUCUUUAAUCAUACUAAUAAUGACCAUUGAUCGAAUUGUUGCAAUACAAAACCCUUUUCGAUAUUGUGUGCUUAUUACAAACAAAACUAUUUUCAUUGCAUGUGGAGUGAUUUGGACCGCCAUAACACCUCUGAUGGCCAUUAUUGUUUAUGAAGCCUAUGACGAGCCCUACUGUGCUACAAAUGUAGUAACACAAAUAUUUUGUGAACGAAAUGUAGUAAUUAAACUUUCUUGUCGAGAUGUAAGGCAGAAGUUGCUGUUAACAUUAGCAUGGGCCAUGAUUGUUGUUCUGGGCCCUUCUUUAUUUGUUUUAUUUUCUUUUAUUGCCAUUUUUAUGUUUGUUUUCAACAUUUCAGACAAUCAGACCCGAUAUAAAACAUUAUCAACUUGCACUCCCCAAUUAUUUAUCAUUUGUCUGUAUUUUGUGCCUAAAUUUGUUCUUUAUGUGUAUGAUAUAACAGUUGCAUUGUCUCCUAGCUUUCGGAUUGCCUUAAGCUUGUGUUUUUGUUUGCUCCCACCUGUUGUUAAUCCAAUGAUUUACUGCUUCAAAACCAAAGAGAUUAAAGAUGCAUUAAAGAUGAAAAUUAGACAUGCCAGUGUAAAUCAAGUAAUACUUUAAUACAGUGUCAGUCAUGCUGCAUGACACUUUAUGUGUGGUCUUUGCAACAAAGGCUGUUAAUUUUCUGAUGAAUAGACAAAAAUUCAAAUAUAAAGAAAUAAAAGCUUUAUUUCCUCCUUUC